AUGAGACGUCUUGGCCUACUGUUCUGCUUUUUUGGCAUCACGACUUUAUUACAAAUCGGCGAUGUCUCGGCACGUACUGUUCGUAUCAUUGGCGGCGAUUACAGCGUCAAGGGCCAGUUCCCUUACUUGGUCUCGAUUCAAACGAGCGGUCAACACCAUUGCGGAGGCAGCAUUGUCGCUGACCAGUACAUCCUCAGGGCAGCCCACUGUCUGAUCAACGACAAUAACAUUGCUCCAUACAAAGCUUACAGAGUCGUCUUCGACAGAUUGAAACAACGUUUAACACUCGGUGGUAAUUCAGUCCUGCAGAUGGUCCGUUUGCCAAGAUCUGGUGAUUCCUACGCUGGAUGCACAGCUGUCAUAUCUGGCUAUGGUUACACAAGCAUUGAGAUGGAGUUUGAUCCCACGACUAGGAGAAAGGUCGAAGUGACCAUAGAAAAGAACAAUUACUUGAUAUACCCUGGACAAAUUUGCGGCCAGGUGAAGCAGGAAGACAGGUUACAUCAGGGAAUUUGUUCCGGUGACAGCGGCGGCCCACUGAUUGUCGACCAUGUGCAGUUUGGUGUGGUAAGCUUUAGUCCCAUUGGCUGUGAUGAGUUCGAGAUGGCUUCGACCUACACACGUGUCUCGCAAUAUCUUUUGUUUAUUGACACUGUGAUCAAUGGUAAAAUGAGCGGCGAACUAAAUCGUACAGGUACCUGCGGUGGUGGCAUAAUCGGUGACCGGUUCGUACUGACAGCUGCUCAUUGCGUCGUUAACGAAUCCGGGGAUUUCUAUAAAGGCGAUUACAAAGUCGUCGCUGGCUCCAUCGAUUUGACGGUCGUCCAUGGUGUGAGCAUCUCAGUCGAGAAAGCGUAUGUGCCCAGCUCUUACAGAUCUAUCAAUAGUCCCAAUGAUAUCGCAGUGCUAAAAGAUUAUACGGGUCAAAAAGCUGUCAUCACUGGUUACGGUUACACUUGGAUCAAUACUAUAUUUGAUUGGAUCGAGUUAGAGGGUGGCACCGACUACAAACUCAAAUACAGCAACGUCACAAUUGUAAGCCACGACGAAUGCAAUAGCGAAAGUGUCUUCGUAAAGGUCAAUAGAAGAAUGCAAAUAUGCGGGCAGAUGGAGCAGCGUGAUCCAAGUAAUCCUAAAGGAGUUUGCUCUGGUGACAGUGGUGGUCCUUUGGUAAUCGGAAACACGGUUAUAGGAGUGGUUCACUCCAGUCCAGGUGGUUGUAAUGAGAACCACGGAUCGACGAUAUAUACUAGAGUUUCUACUUUUUUGCCGUUCAUCGCGCAAGCUAUUGAGGAUCGAGCCAGUCCGAAUAUUCGAGUAUUCCAUUACUAGCAAAAGUUUUAUUGUAAUAACUAUAUCAUUGCAUUCAUAUUAAAGGGCUUAUAAAAUAUA